GGGAGUACGGUAUACCCUGAAUGGAGAGGAGGAUCGCGGAACAAGCUCAUUCGCUUCACUUUCUCCUCGAGCAAAGGUUGCCUUGUGUUGCUGUCCUUGGAUAUCGGCGAACAAGAGUUUGUGGAACUGUCUUUGAAGAGAAGUCGUUUGCUGUUGCCAGUCGUCUAAGCUCUUUGUACUUUACCUGCUGUGGGCAGCCUUACGGAGUUACUCUUUGCAAGCUCUGUUUCAUAGCGAUGGAAAUGAUUAAGUUUGCUCUAGGAGCAAUUCUCUUGCUGACGAUGACCAGCGGAUCUGCAUCCGCUCCACAACCAGCACUAAAAUUGACAGCAGAUCGUGUUUUGGCUCCACAACCAUCGGCACUAGAAGUGGCAGGAGAUCGUUCGGUUGGUGGCGCACAAGAUCUUCCGGGAUGGCUCUUGCGGGCUCUCAGCCCUGCGUUCACUGCAUAA